AUGACGGCCUUCCCCUCCCCCUUCUUUCUUUCUCUUCUUUCUCCUAUCCUCCUCUCUUCCUUCUUCCCUUUCCAAUCUCAUUCUCUUCUUCCACUUUCAACCUUCCUCGCCCUUACUAAUCUGCUUGACUGCCAUCUCUUCACAGGUAUUCCUCGCCGUCGUUCCUUCCCUGUUUCUGCUUCGAGCGAUCUUAUGAACAUGCUGCUUGGGCUGGCUAAAAACACUCAGCCCACCACGCAGGCUAGCUCCAAAAGGGAAAUGCUCUGUGCCUUCCACCCAUCCUUUUUCUCCUCCCCAUUCCUGGCCACCAUCGGCCCUUCCUCCUCUUUUAUCUGUCCUCCUGUUUCGAUGUCUGGCGCUGCGGUCAUGCCCAGAGGGGACAUGACCAAGAGCGAGUACCUGCACAGUGGCAGGCCCAGCUGGCGAAAACACAAAGAGUGCCACCCCGCAGGGAAGCGAGGAGAGUUAGCCGAUAGGGAGACUGAUGGUGGUUGGGGAUUAUAUAUGCAGAUUGGCAACUCUGUAUCGUCCUGGUCAAGGUUUCUACCCUACGGGGAGUUUUCCUUGGCUGUAACCCGAAUGGGAGGAUAGAAAUCAAUACAUAAAUUCUAACAUG